AUGCAAAAGCAAGAAGAAAAUUUACAGAAAGAAAUGUCUGAAUUAAAGAGACGAUUAAGUAACUUAACGAGUGGUGAUGAUGUAAAUAAAGUUCUUCAAAAUGAGUUAGAUAGUUUACGAAAAGAACUUCAAGAUGUUCGUGAAAGAGAAUUUAUCGCCCUUGAAAGGCUUCAACUCUUAAAAAGUAGGAUAGAUUGUGAUUCUGAAGAGUCUCAAUUGCAAGAACAAUUGGACUAUUUGAGAAGUGUAGAGUCAAUGCAAAAGAACAGAAUAAUGGCAUUAGAAAAUAGAAUUUUGGAGAAAGGUGAACAUGUUGAUGAAUUUCUUUUUCAACUUCGAACUGAUCUAGCUUUAGCCAAAGAGUCCAAAAUUUUACAUCUCAGGACAAUAGAAGCUCUAGAAAUAAAAAUAAAAAACAUUGAAGAUAGAACUUUAGCUAGCACACUACAGCUUGAAAUGGCAGAGAUGAGAUUUAAAGAAUCUCAACAAUUAGAAAAAAUACGUAAUCUUGAAUUGAAUUUGAAUCAACAAACCGUAAAUGAUAUUCAUCAUAUUAAAUGCAUGCUUGAGGAAAUUAAAGAUAUUCAUAGCAACGAAUGGAAGCAAUCAAAAGACACUGAACUUACAGAAACAUCUUUAGGAUUAAUAAAAGGUGAAUCUGAUAUUUCCCUCCUUAAGGAUGAGAUAACUACCUUAAAAAAUUCAAAAGUUACUCUUAACAAAACUAUUCAAGACCUAAAAUUCAAGCUUUUAGAUUCCCAAGAACAACUUUCGAAUCUUGAAAUUUUAAAAGCAGAAAUAAGUAAUUUGAAAAAAAUAGAAAGUGAACAAAAAUAUACAAUUGAACAAUUACAACUACAACUUUCUGAAAUCAGAAAAUCCAAAGAACUUUCUAAGAACGAACUGGAACUUAUGAAAAAAGGAAUUAGUCAUCAGAAUGAAGUUAUCGAAUCACUUGAAAAAGAAGUAAUAAGUCUUAGACAAGAGAUAUUCACCGCAAAAGAAAUAAAUGUCUCAUCUGCUCUUAAAGCUUUGGAAGUAGAAAUAGAAACGUAUAAAAUUGCUGGUACAAACACCGACAAGAAUGUAAUUGCUUUACGGGAAGCGUUAGCUAAUACUAAACUUGAAAUGGUUGCUCAAAAUGAAAUUUUGGCUGAACUUGAAACCGAAAUGAUGGCUAUAGAGAAAAAACGUGAUCAUCAUAUUGAAAUCGGGGAAAAGUUGGCAGUAAAACUUCAAGAACAAGAAUUUAUUCAUAAGGAAACUGUUGCAGGUUUUGAAUCAAAACUCUCAAGCCUAGAAACAAAACUUGCGAAAGCACAAGAUUCUUCUUUCCAAAGCAAGAAAAUAAUAACCAAUCUCGAACAAACUCUUAUGAAAGUUCAAUCACAACUAGAUGAUGCAAGGUUAUCAGACGUUAAACAUACACAAUUCAUUACAGAAUUACAAGAUAAAUUGAUCGAGACAAAUACGAUGUUAAUGGAAAGAGAAAAACAAUUGACCACACAAGAUUUUCAAAUUGCAGAGUUGGAAGCUGUCAUACAUAAAACACAAAUAGAACUUGAAAAGACUAAAGCGUCUGAACAUGAAGCAGAAGAACGUGUAAAACAAGUAGAAGCAAAACUAUCAGAGAUCGCCUUCAGGUUGGGAAGUAGUCAUUCUAUUGAAGAAUUCGAAGCUGCCAAAAAGAUGGCCGAAGAACAAUCAAUACUUGUUAAAGAGCUUGAAGAGAUAUUGGAACAGAUUCAAAACCAAACUUGUGCAGAUGCCGAAAUUUCAAAUGCCAAUAUUGCAAAAAUAAGUGCGGAAUUGGAAGAAGCUCGGGCAGCUGAAAUAGCAAAAUCAGCUUUAGUUAAAGAUUUGGAGGAAACGUUGAAAGUUAAAAAUGAUAAUAUUUUAGAGUUAGAACGAGCAAUGAAGAAUUCAAAAGAAGAACUUGAAAAAAUUAAAGAAUCAGAAUUAAUACACAUGGAAAUGAUAGCAAGUCUUGAAAGUAAACUUCAGGAAGUUGAAGAACAAAGAGUAGAGGGAGUUCUCAAGCUCAAAGAGGCCAAUGAAGAAAUUACUUUGAUGCAGAAACAAUAUUUGGACUUGCAAAAACAAGUCGAAGAUUCUCAGUCUCAAUUAGCCAUGCAACGUGAACAAAAGAAUAUUGAUGAUAUGUUGUCCAAUCAAUUAAAAGAAGUCCAAGGUCAAGUAAAAGAACAUUUAAUACAAAUUGGAGUUCUUGAAGAAAAGAUUCAACAGCUUGAAACUGAAAAGAAACAAGAAAGUGAACUUUAUGUAAAUGCAACCGAAGAACUGACUCAACUUAAAAAGGAAUUUGAGUCAUUGGCAGAAGAAUUUGCAGAUGCUGCCAGUAAAUUUGAAAAUGCUGAUGAAUUAUCUAAACAGCAAAAAAUUCGUAUUGAAAACUUGGAAUCAGCCCUAAAUGAAGCCAAAAAAUUACAAACAAUGACACCAACUCUCCAAUUAAACGGCUCAACUGAAAUAACUGAAACAUCAAGAUCUUUUGACGCAAAAUUCGCAAAUUCUACGAUAAAUUCACUCACAUGUGCAAACGAUGAACUCAUGGCAAGGAUUAUUGAAUUGGAAGCUCGUGCAUCUACACUAACUGACCAAAAUAAAAACUUGCAAAAUGAACUUUCAUGUUUCACUGCGAAAGAUAUGCAAGUGUUUGAAGAUAUGAAACAAAAGAUUAUAGAAUUUGAUGCUGUUAAAAAAGAACUAAAAGAAUUAGAAGAAAUAAAUGAAACCUUCUUUGAAGAAUGUAAGGUACUUGAAGCUAAGGUUCAGUCCUUAAUGAAGCAAUUAUGGUCUCUUACAAAUGGUGGAAAUGAAGUAGCCCUUCAAGUGGCAGAAUUGAAUGAUCAAAUCAUUAAACGUGAAAAGGAGAUUUCAGAAUUGAAAAUUAAAUCAUCAACAGCAAAUAAAGAAGCAAAGGAAGAAAUUUCACGGCUUUUAAAUGAAAAUGAAUCCCUUAGGAAAGUGAUGCAAAAAGUAAAUCUAGAACCCAUAGUUGAUGCUACAAACCGUGGCUCACUUGAUACAAAUAACGCAAAUUUAGAUGUUUAUACACUUUCACACCAAGAUGACAUGAGAUCCAUGCAAAAAACUGAUGUAGAGUUACAAGAAUUCCAUAAAAAUCAAGUGCAACCGACAAUUUCAUCUUUAUUUGCACCUCCAGAUAUCAAAAAGAACAUUCAACAUCUUUCAGACAAUUUAACAAAUGCACCACCGCCUACGCCACCACCAAGUCACCCAUUACCACCAUUACCAAUUUCAUUACCACUAACUCCUAAUAGUCCUAUUUCACGAUCUACAACUCCAAAUGUAGCACGUCCUCGCACGCCACUUUCGCCGAAACAUGAAUGCUUCCAUUCAGAAUCAGUGGUACCAAAUAAUUCAGAUCUUGUGUUAGAGAUUCAAAGGCUAAAUAAAAGAAUUGCAAAGAUUGAAGGAGAAAAUUUGCAAAAUCAACAACUUGUUGAAACGUUAGAAUCUACUUUAAAUGAAAACGAGAUCAAUUUGAAUUUGGCCAAACAAGAAUUGGCAAUUAUCCAAAACCAAAAAAUGGAGUUGGUUAAACAAGUUAAAAGUUUGAAAUCUCAAUUGGAUGAAGCAAAAGAUGAAAUAGAAAGCACUAAAUUUGAAGUUAAAAAUGAGAAACAAGUUAUGGAGAAGGUAUUAGAAGAAGAGAGACAGGCCAAAGAAAAAUCAGAACGGGCAAGAAUUGCUUUGGAAAAUCAAAUGGAAAAACUCAUGGCAAAACGAAGCAAAUUUAUGUGUUUUUAA